UGGCUUUGCGGCGCCGACCAAUCGCCUGCAAAGAUCAUUUCCUCGGGCUGCAAUUAAACCAAUCCAAGUACUCGAUGUUGAAGGGCUCAGGGACAAUUAAAGAUGGCUGCGUCCAUGUACUAUCACUAGCAACCGGUGACCUCUUUUUCCGCCUUGCCUGGCUCCUAUGGUGGCAGGCAGGGCACGAGGACCAUGCUGGGCCGGACCCUCCGAGAAGUUUCUGCAGCACUGAAACAAGGCCAAAUUACACCAACAGAGCUCUGUCAAAAAUGUCUCUCUCUUAUCAAGAAGACCAAGUUUCUAAAUGCCUACAUUACUGUGUCGGAAGAGGUGGCCUUAAAACAAGCUGAAGAAUCAGAAAAGAGAUAUAAGAAUGGACAGUCACUUGGGGAUUUAGAUGGAAUUCCUGUUGCAGUAAAAGACAACUUCAGCACGUCCGGCAUUGAGACAACGUGUGCAUCAAAUAUGCUGAAAGGUUAUAUACCACCUUAUAAUGCUACAGUAGUUCAGAAGUUGUUGGAUCAGGGAGCUCUACUAAUGGGAAAAACAAAUUUAGAUGAGUUUGCUAUGGGAUCUGGGAGCACAGAUGGUGUAUUUGGACCAGUUAAAAACCCCUGGAGUUAUUCAAAACAAUAUAGAGAAAAGAGGAAGCAGAAUCCCCACAGCAAGAAUGAAGAUUCAGACUGGCUGAUAACUGGAGGGAGCUCAGGUGGGAGUGCAGCUGCCGUAUCGGCGUUCACAUGCUACGCGGCUUUAGGAUCAGAUACAGGAGGAUCGACCAGAAAUCCUGCUGCCCACUGUGGGCUUGUUGGUUUCAAACCAAGCUAUGGCUUAGUUUCCCGUCAUGGUCUCAUUCCCCUGGUGAAUUCGAUGGAUGUGCCAGGAAUCUUAACCAGAUGUGUGGAUGAUGCAGCAAUUGUGUUGGGUGCACUGGCUGGACCUGACCCCAAGGACUCUACCACAGUACAUGACCCUAUUAAUAAACCAUUCAUGCUUCCCAGUUUGGCAGAUGUGAGCAAACUAUGUAUAGGAAUUCCGAAGGAAUAUCUUGUACCAGAAUUAUCAAGUGAAGUACGGUCUCUUUGGUCCAAAGCUGCUGACCUCUUUGAGUCUGAGGGGGCCAAAGUACUUGAAGUAUCCCUUCCUCACACCAGUUAUUCAAUUGUCUGCUACCAUGUAUUGUGCACAUCGGAAGUAGCUUCGAAUAUGGCAAGAUUUGAUGGGCUACAAUAUGGUCACAGAUGUGACAUUGAUGUGUCCACUGAAGCCAUGUAUGCUGCAACCAGACGAGAAGGGUUCAAUGAUGUGGUGAGAGGAAGAAUUCUCUCAGGAAACUUUUUCUUAUUAAAAGAAAACUAUGAAAAUUAUUUCGUCAAAGCACAGAAAGUGAGACGCCUCAUUGCUAAUGACUUUGUAAAUGCUUUUAACUCUGGAGUAGAUGUCUUGCUAACUCCCACCACCUUGAGUGAGGCAGUACCAUACUUGGAGUUCAUCAAAGAGGACAACAGAACCCGAAGUGCCCAGGAUGAUAUUUUUACACAAGCUGUAAAUAUGGCAGGAUUGCCAGCAGUGAGUAUCCCUGUUGCACUCUCAAACCAAGGGUUGCCAAUAGGACUGCAGUUUAUUGGACGUGCGUUUUGUGACCAGCAGCUUCUUACAGUAGCCAAAUGGUUUGAAAAACAAGUACAGUUUCCUGUGAUUCAACUUCAAGAACUCAUGGAUGAUUGUUCAGCAGUCCUUGAAAAUGAAAAGUUAGCCUCUGUCUCUCUAAAACAGUAAACAUAUCUUACAAAUUAAAAUGACUCUUAGGCCGGGUGCGGUGGCUGACACCUGUAAUCCCAGCACUUUGGGAGGCCGAGGCGAGCAGAUCAUGAGGUCAGAAAAGAUCGAGAACAGCCUGGUCAACAUGGUGAAACCCCGUCUCUACUAAAAAUACAAAAAUUAGCCGGGCUUAGUGGCGGUCGUCUGUAGUCCCAGCUACUCACAGGAGAAUCACUUGAACCUCGGAGGCGGAGGUUGCAGUGAGCCGAGAUCAUGCCACUGCACUCCAGCCUGGGUGACAAAGCAAGACUCUGUCUCAAAAUAAAAUAAAAUAAAAUGACAUUCAGAGAUUCUAACAUCUAGAGUCAAAUGGUCUUGCUCAAUUCCUGUAAUUAGGUUUCUUGUUAAUACAGUCAUUCCAUGGCAUGACUUUUUAAAAUUCCUAUGACAAUUAAUAAUAAAUAAUGUGUCAGCAUUUAGUAAGCACCCACUAAGUGUACAAUACUUCUACAAUAACACAAGAUACCUGUCCCUCAAAAACAAUGCAUUCUGCCAUAAUGUUCAUUAUAAAGAGUUUACAGUAUAUGAUCAGUAAAUAGGAGCAUGAACUCAGUGUAACAUGGAGUUGUUCUGUUAAAUAAGAUUAGGGAUAAACUUUUCAAAAAGUAUAAAACUUAAAAAUAAGAUUAGGGAUAAACUUUUCAAAAAGUAUAAAACUUAAAAAUAAGAUUAGGGAUAAACUUUUCAAAAAGUGUAUAUCUGUGUAACUAAAGCACUAACAAAAACAAAAACAUGAAUAGUCCUUCUAGAGGUAACCUGGAUAGCCUAGGCAGGCAACUUAUCAUGUGGUGAAGGCCGCCUCAGGGGUUGUUAAAAAUGCAUAGAAACAAUUGAAUGGGAUUAUUGGCUUCUGAGUGCUGAGCAGAGCAGGUGGAAGAGGAACUCUGAGCACAGGAGGAAAUGCAACCAGUCAGGGCCCAGAAUCAUGCAAAUCUCGGGGGUAUGCCUCUCUGGGGAGGAGCCCCAGGUGCAGGCACUCCUUUUAUUUCCCUAAGAAAGAGCUGAAAUGACUGAGAACUUUCCUUUCCUCCUUAGAGUUACAAAUUUACUUCUGCUAUUCCAGAGUCCAUACCUAGAAGCCAGAACAACUCCAUGUUACACUGAGUUGAUGCUCCUAUUUACUGAUCACAAAUGAGCUCAUUGAUGUCACAGAAACAUUUAUCGUAACCUAUAACAGAUCAUCACAGAUUGGAAACUUGGAAGAUAGCAGAGCAUGGUGUUAGUGAAAAAGGUUCCAAAACACAAGUAACAUACACUGAAAAAUGUGCAGAUAAUUUGUUGAUGAUGCCAAAGAGGGGAUGCGCAUGGCAAGACCUUGCCUUACCCCAGAUUCUCUGUAUCUCACGGUUUCCUUUUCCUCUUGACUGUCUUUACAAGUGUUUUUUUUUUAUUUGGGCCCCUUGAGCCCAGAGAGGUAUUAAUGGAGAUCUGUAUUCAAUAUUUGACAAAAUCUAAUGGAAACCAUCCAUUUACUCAUGAUAAGGCUUCAUCGUUGGAUUUCUGUGUCUUCACUAGAACACCAUUGUCAUCUCAUAUUGAUCAGGUAUUUUAAUCCAGCACUUACAUAUUGUUGAUAAAUAAAAAUAGCUGAAUUGUUACUUAAUAAAUUCACUUUGUUUAG